AUGAGGAUGAGGACUAAAGACAGCCAGCCCAUCGCUGGGAAGGAAAUCCAGGUGACAGUGUGCAAUGAGGAGAAGGUGGUCUGCGGCGUGUCAAAGCACACUACCUGUGCUGACAUGAUUCAGGCAUUACUAGACGAUCACAGAUCAGCACCGGAGAGCAAGCAGCUCCUGCACGGAGACCCCAAAGACUUCAGUCUGGUGGAGCGCUACAAGGGUUUCGAAAGGGUCUUGCCACCCCUGAGCAGGAUCCUGAGGCUGUGGUACGCGUGGGGGGACCAGAGACCCUUCAUCCAGUUCAUCCUGGUCAAAAGCAACGAUGCUGUGCCUCAGCGGGCGAUGAAGGCAACAAAGACCCGGAACAGAUACACCAGAAAUCCUCAGGUUCUUCCUGUGGAGAAGCAGAAACGCGUAGUGAGGAAGGCCUUUAGGAAGCUUGAGAAACUUCAUAAGGAAAACAAGACGUCCGCCGGCACUGAAGAAAUCGAUCGUAUGGUGCAGCUCAUCCUAAACCAGGACCAAACCAUUCGGGAGCAGAUCCUGCGUAUGGAGGAUCUUGAGACAGAGAUCCAACAGCUUCAAGGGCAGGACGACCAAGAAGACAUGUCGGAAGCAAGCGGGGUUAACUCGGAGGAGAUGGACAAGCUCCUACAAGCAAGCGAUGAUGUUCAGCAGCUGGAGGUUCAGGUCCAGAGGCAGCAGGCACUCAUAGCACAGCUGUGUCGCGACAUAGACAUUGAGCAGAGAAUGGCGGCUGGUGGCGAGCAAGAAAAAGCGUUACCUGCUCCCCACGCAUCCUCCGAGGGCAACGAGUCGCUCCUGGCCGAGUUGGAAAGGAUGCAGGCGGAGCUGAGGCGUAGCUACCUGACCGGCGUAUCCCUCCAUAGUCAGGUGGCCGAGAUAGACAAGCAAAUACGCUGCUGUGAGGCCGCCUGGCUCACCAGGGAUCAAGAGUGCUGGCAGCUGGCAGCUCAGCUUAGAUCGCUGCAAAUGAGCGACGCUGCCCAGGAGACAGCCGGUGGAAACGUGGGGGCGAAAAUGGAGGCCAUGCCGGUCAAGCACGGCUCAUCUCCCAUCGACAUGACGGACACGGACUCCGACACUGGAAUCAGCUCCACGCACAGCCAGGACUCUCUAUUGCCCAGCAUGGACUUCCCUCCACCGCUGGAUACGGAUGUCUAA